AUGGCAGUGCAUCACAUCACGGUGUCAGUCGCCAUUUCAAUAGCAGCAGCCGUGGCCGUAGCUUUACUUUCAAUCCCGGCCCUCUCCCAGCUCAUUUCUCGAAUCCGAGCCAGAAAAGACCACUAUCAACACCUGUCGGAGAUUUACGAAGACAAGGAUGGUGUUGCCACAGAAGAAUCCCAGGAAGCCUUCUCCGACUUCAUCCCACGCUUAGUUCUAAUAUUAAUUUCAAUCGUUGUUUGCCUGGAUGCUUUGGCCUCCGCUGUUCUAAUCACCACUCGACCUGAUCUUCCUUUGGCGGUUGAGCAGUGGGUGCAGUUCGCAACAUGGUUGUUCGUCCUCUUUCAAGCCAUCGUCAUCUUUGUGACACCAUCAUCUCUACACCGGUACAAUCUUGGAAUCUCGUCUGGAUUUUCAAGCCUGUUGGUAGCCAUCGCCGUCGCAGUUGAGAAUGUCUCGUUAUGGAGGUCCCAAGUCCAUCCACAGCCAAGGAACGCGCAUCUUGUUCUUUCAAUCGUGCAGUUUGUCGCAGCUCUGUGUUUGGGUGUAACAAGUUUCUCCCUCCCACGACGACCGGAUGUCUAUCAUAACGGAAAGGUCGUGGACCGCCAGAACACUGUUUCGGUGCUAGGCAAGUUCACAUUUUCCUGGCCAUCUCCGAUCUUGGCCUUCGCAGCCAAAAACAAAGGCCUGGACUACGACGAUCUGGCUGAGAUCGACCAUGACUUGCGCUCCCGAGAACUUAGGAGAAGAUUUGAUGCGAUUGGCUACAAGGACAAGCUCUGGAAGAGCAUUUUCUGGUCUCACCGAUGGGCAUUCAUCCAGCAAUGGUGCAUUCAAUGCGUCAGUUCUAUUACAGAAUUCCUCCCACAAAUUGCUCUUUACUUCAUUCUACGCACUCUCGAGGCCCGAGAUCAAGGUGUGGACGUCGGUUUCACUGCUUGGCUGUUGGUCAUUGCACUGGGUGCUGCAGUCACAUUUUCGUCCUGGCUCGAGGCUUGGAUGUUCUUCAUUGUUUUCAUGAGACUCGGAGUGCCCAUCUAUGAGCAGCUAGCUGCUGUGGUUUUUGGUAAGGCCAUCCGACGUAAAGAUGUAAAGGGCGCAGGGAGAAAGUCAGAGGAGCUUGAAGCGAACGAUGGAGAGUCAACUCCAGGGCAAGUCGCCAACAAAGCGGCAGCAGGCCAGAAAGGGGAAGAUUCUGGGUCCGAAAACGAUGAUGACGAAGACUUCCAGAAAUCUCGUCAAAGCACCAUCAACCUUGUCGGCGUCGACUCCAAAAGAAUUGCAGACUUUGCAACAUUCAAUUAUAUUUUCCUUGGCUCGGCAAUCAAAUUGAUCUUCGCCUUCGCCUUCUUGUAUAACCUGAUCGGCCCAGUUCCUCUCCUUGCAGGCUUGGCCGCUCCUGCCAUCAUCACGCCCAUCAAUAUCAUUGCUGCGAGGCGCUACGCCAAUGCGCAAGAUGAUCUGAUGAAACACCGUGAUCAGAAGAUGGCUGUGGUGACGGAAGCCUUGCAAGGAAUCCGUCAGAUCAAGUUCAGCGCAUUGGAGCGAAACUGGUACGAAAAGAUACUCGAAACAAGGAGAAAGGAAUUGAAGACGCAAUGGCAAGUCUUCAUCUAUGACACCACACUUAUUAGCAUCUGGAUCUUUGGCCCGGUCAUGCUUGCAGCGAUAUCCCUGGCAACGUAUGCUCUCAUACACAAAGAGCUAACAGCGUCAGUCGCCUUCACGACGAUUUCAGUUUUUGAAGCGAUUGAAAUGACACUGGCAGUCAUUCCAGAGAUGGUGACUGACCUGCUAGACGCUCUUGUUUCUGCGGCCCGAAUUCAAGAAUACCUUGAUGCACCGGAACGCACAGAGUACAGCAAACCGGGAGAUAGGGUCUCGUUCAAGGCUGCGACCGUGGCGUGGCCGUCCGAUCAUCCCGAAGAGGAAGAUCAGCAAUUCACCCUGAGUAAUCUCAAUAUCGAAUUCCCCAAGAAGGAGCUCAGCGUCAUUUCAGGUCGGACGGGGUCUGGAAAGAGUCUGCUACUGGCGUCGAUAAUUGGCGAGGCUGAGGUCCUCCGUGGCACUGUCACAGUCCCCAAGCCACCUUCGGCCGAACAACGGCACGAUGACAAUGCCAACAAAGGGAACUGGAUCCUCGACUCUUCUAUUGCUUUCGUUGCACAGAUUCCUUGGAUCGAAAAUGCAACCAUUCGAGACAAUAUUAUCUUUGGCCUCCCAUUCGACAAUGAUCGAUAUCAGAAGGUGCUCCAUGCGUGCGCUUUGACCAAGGACCUGGAAAUGCUUCAGGAUGGAGAACUUACCGACAUUGGUGCAAAUGGUAUCAACCUCAGCGGUGGUCAAAAAUGGCGAGUCUCUUUUGCGAGGGCACUCUACUCUCGAGCCGGUAUACUUGUCCUUGACGACAUUUUCUCUGCAGUCGACGCGCACGUGGGCCGGCACCUCUUUGAACAAGCCCUGACAGGUGAACUUGGACAAGGGCGCACAAGAAUCCUAGUGACACACCAUGUCGCCCUCUGUCUCCCAAAGACAAACUACAGCGUGCUGUUGUCGAACGGUACUGCCGAACAAGCUGGCCGUACCGAAGAUCUUCGAAGAUCCGGCAAGCUCAAGAGUAUUCUCGCUCAAGAUGUUGAAGAGCAAGAAAAGGAAGAAGAAAAAUUCGAUCGUGAGCAAGCCCUGACCAUUGACGAUGGAGGUGGUCUCCAGAAAAUGUUCAGCCAUCGCUCCCGUCGGAAAUCCGCACUCAGCGAGGCCAAUCUAGACGGGGAGGAUCUCGCUCGACGUCGAUCUCACGCAAUUCCAGAUGAAGCGAAGACACCGAAGAAAUUCACCGAGGAAGAAAAGAGAGCCACGGGUGCAAUCAAGUAUCAGAUCUACGCAGCCUAUAUCCGUGCGUGCGGCGGCUUUGCCUACUGGUUCUUCAUUCUCCUCGUCUUCACGCUCUGGAUCAUUGUAUACCUCGCUAGAUCGUACUGGAUUAGUGUCUGGACUCGGGCAUACAGGUCUGAAGCUGUCAUGUCGUUCCACGCUUUUCAUCAGGACAGCCACUUCAUUCAGCAGCCCAUCAACGCAUUCCGAUACGUUUCCUCCGAGCUAUCUACGACCACCGUAGACCCCAACCUAACUUACUAUCUUGGCGUCUACCUUGCCAUCUCAAUCGUUGCAUGGCUCGAGGGCACCGUUCGAUACUUGUUUGUGUUUGUGGCCUCGAUCCGCGCGUCGCGUACCAUGUUCGAGAACCUUGCAUUUGCGGUUCUUCGCGCGCCUCUCCGUUGGCUCGACACUGUCCCUCUCGGACGGAUUCUCAACCGCUUCACGAGCGAUUUCAACAUGCUCGACAGUCGCAUCAGCAUGGACUUGGCUUUCAUGUUGCACAAUCUGAUGCAUGUUCUAUCUGUCGUGAUUGCCGGGCUGUUUGUAUCGCCACUCAUGAUCAUCUUCGCUUUGGCGUUGCUAGCAAUCUGCAUGUUUUACGCUCUCCGAUAUCUGGCCGGCGCCCGGGAAGUGAAACGGCUGGAGUCGAACGCAAAGUCUCCGGUCUUCGAACAGUUCGGAAGCGUGCUCACGGGAAUCGGCACGAUCCGCGCAUUCGACAAAUGCGAUGCGUACCUGGAGAAAAUGUACGCACGCAUCGAUCGGCAUGCGCGCGCGUACUGGCACCUUUGGCUCUUCAAUCGGUGGAUGGGCUGGCGUUUGAAUAUGGUCGGAGCCGGAUUUGCGUGUGUGACGGCCGCACUGAUUGUGAGUAUCCCUUCCAUCGAUUCCAGUCUGGCUGGCUUUGCCCUGAGCUUCGCGCUCGGCAUGUCCGAAGGUGUUAUCUGGUUCCUCAGACAGUACAGCAAUGUCGAGCUGGAUAUGAAUGCCACGGAGCGAAUCGUCGAAUACAGCAACAUCCGCAUCGAAAAUCAAGAGGGCUUCGACGCGCCGGCCGCUUGGCCGACAGAAGGAAACCUCGAGGUCCACGAUCUCGUCGUUGCCUACGCUGACGACUUGCCUCCUGUGCUGAAAGGCUUGACCUUCAGUGUGAGCCGAAACCAGCGGGUUGGUGUUGUCGGACGAACCGGAGCGGGCAAGUCGAGUCUGACGCUCGCGCUGUUCAGGUUCCUCGAGGCAAGCGCGGGGCAGAUUGUGAUUGAUGGCGUGGACAUUUCAAAGAUCAAGCUUUUCGACUUGAGAAGCCGACUUGCCAUCAUCCCUCAGGACCCAGUACUGUUCUCGGGUUCGGUCAGGACCAACCUCGACGCAUUCGACCAGCACACGGAUGAAGAACUUAGAGAGGCGCUGGCAAGGGUACACCUCAUAUCCUCUGCGUCGGUUGGUCCAAGUGGAAGCGCCACACCGAUGACGAACGGCGCCGGCGGUGUUCCCCCCCGGGACUCAAACACCAACAUCUUCAAGAGCCUAUCCAGCAAGAUCUCCGAAGGCGGCUUGAACCUGUCGCAGGGCCAGAGACAGCUGCUCUGUCUCGCGAGGGCGAUCGUCUCGAGGCCGAAGAUCAUGGUACUCGACGAGGCCACCAGCGCCGUCGACAUGGAGACGGACGCGCUGAUCCAAAGGUCGAUCCGCGAGGAGUUCACCGACAGCACGCUGAUCGUGAUUGCGCACAGACUGAGCACCAUCGCCGACUUUGAUCGCAUCCUCGUCCUCGGCGAGGGCAAGGUGCUCGAGUACGACGAGCCCAAGAACCUCAUGCUGAAGGAAGGUGGCGUGUUCAGGGAAAUGGUCGAGACCUCGGGCGAGAGAGCCGAGCUCGAGAAGAUCAUCGCAACCGGUCAUCAUUACGGAGGGACUUCGAGAGGACCAGAUCCGCGAGAGAAUGGGGAAGCGAGUUCGAGAUGA